UAAAACAACCUCUUGCUGAAACUACCAAAACUUGAAUUUCUGGAGCUUCAAUUUUUACAGGCAGACAGUGUCACAGUCGAGCCAUUAGCUUUCAAAUCAUCUUCACUAAGAUAUUUACAAUUCGAAUUUAGUAGACCUGCCAGAGACCUGUUCCUAUCCUUCAAUGACACGUUUAGAUUUGUGCCAAGUUUGAGACAUUUAUCAUUCGGACUUAUUAAUUUUCGACAACUAACUAACCAGCAAUACUCAGGAUUGUUUUCGCCACUCGAUAACAUUAGGUGGUUUGAGUGUUUUGGAUGUCCGAUUUCGCAGGAUCCUAAAGUCAUUUUAAAUCAUAUGAAACAAGUAGUUUAUAUAAGCCUUCAUUCAAGCCAAGUGACACAAUUAUCUGACGAAACAUUUAAAGAAAACAAGCAUUUGAGAUAUCUUGAUUUAAGGUAUAAUGACAUUGCACAUAUACAAGAGUCGGCCCUACGAAUUUCACUUCUAAAUAAUUUACAUUCACUUGAUCUUAGUCAAAAUCCGUUUGUAUGUGACUGUGACUUAGAAUGGUUAAUUAAAUGGAUGAAAACAAAGCAAGAUAAUAAUGUGAUUCGAAGGUAUCCACAAGGAUACAUAUGUUCACUUCCAAAAGAAAAGUCUAAAAUGCGGCUUUCUGAAAUAUCUUUCACGUACAAAGAAUGUCAUCCAUGGAGUCCUUGGAUAUGGGUCGCUAUUAUUGCCUCGCCUUGUGUUAUUGUUAUAGGUAUUACUGUUCUGUUACUGUAUAGAAAUAGAUGGAAUAUUAAACAUUACAUCUAUUUGUUAAGAAAGAGAAGGAAUUAUCAAAUUAUAAAUGGACAUAACUUUGUGUACGAUGCCUUCGUUGGAUACGAGGCAACGGAUUCGGCGUGGGUACGUCGCAGGCUGUUACCUGUUCUUGAAGAAGAGGUCGGGUUGAAAUUGUGUAUUCAUGAAAGGGACUUUCAACCGGGCGCUUUUAUAAAUGACAAUAUUGUCACAAAUAUGGACAAAAGUGAGAAAGUCGUUCUUGUCUUAAGCAAUGCAUUUGCUGGUAGUGAAUGGUGUAUGUUUGAAUUGAAAAUUGCACAUUCGAAACUGAUUGAAGAUGAAACAGAACUGGUGAUCAUUCUUUUAGAGGAAAUUGAUGGAAGAAAUAUGAAUCACUCCUUAAAAGUUUUGUUUGAUACGACGACAUACAUAGAAUGGACAGAGGAUGUGGUAGGCCAGGAACUGUUCUGGACAAAAUUAAAGAAUGUUUUGAAAAAGUAAAUACCAGUUAUACUAACUGACCUUUUUCCUGUUUUAUCUGCAAACUUAAGCUGUAUUUUUGCUUUGGAAAACAUUCUGUCAUAUGUCAAUAAAAACUGCACUGAUCAAAUGUAGAUUUUUACCAUGCGGAAUGUUGGAAUUUAAUCUACUCUCUUAUGAAUAAAAAAAUGCAUCAUAUUUGUUUGCAUUUGUAGAUUGAGGUAAUUGCGCAGUUAUUCUUUACAAAAUAAACAAGAACAAUGUCAACGUUGACAGAAUAAUUCAGUCAAUAACAGGGUCAUAACUCAAGGAAUAGAAAACAAUGCGACACAAAAGUCCCCACAGUAUGGACAUGUCCUAUACAUAUAAAUUUCAUUUCAACUGGAUGGAAGUUGAAGGUGUUGAGUACAGAAGGAGUUAUGACAGACGGACUGAUGGAUGUGACAGUUCAAACACUAUAUUUGGCCUGGUUCUUAGGCACCGGGGACAUAAACAGUACUUUCGGAGUGUACGUAUGUCUUUCAGAUAAUGUUAAAAAGAGAGUUUUAUGUAAUUUGAAUAUGGCAUAUCUAUUUAUUUUCAUUUCUGUAAAUAUCACUAGUUAUGCGAUAUUUCAUCUUGGUACGUAUUACAUGUCAAUGGUCAAAGGAGUGAAUAUAACGUUUUUUGAGUCUUGUCAAGAAUUGAAUACAUUUUGCAUAGAAUCAUAGUCAGUUUUAAGCAUUGCCUGCUGAUGUACAUUACUCGUAGGGAGGAGGUAUCUGUCGAUCAGUGACGGUCAGUGAUAUUGAUGACGUAAUAUAUCAAAUUUUCGAUAUUCUUAUGAAAGCGUUGCUGUAAAAUGGGGCGCAAUUUAGUUUAGUUGUAUAAAUGAUUAAUCGUUUAAUACGACUAUAGUGUGAAAAUGAGCAAUGAAGACACACGGUGUAAACUCGAGCAGGUGCCCAAAUAACUGAAAUAGUUAACACAGCAUCACAAUAUUUUCAUGCAUUGUGCAUUAGUUCUUUUGUGCGCUUAUCAAAUACUUUUGGCUUUUGUAUACAUUACAGUUGUCUUAACUGACGUGUGCUGAGAGUAUGUCAUCAUAUAGGAAUCACACCGAGUCUGCUAUUAUUUUGUUUUGGGUUGCAUAUUUUGCUUCCAAAGGACCUUUUUACAGACUUGAUUUCCAGUAAUAUUAUUCAAUUUCUAUUUAAUCGUUGUAUGUAAGAUUCUGGUUUUAUUAAUUAUGUACAAAGAUGUGAAAAACCUUGGUUAAGAAAUAGUUUGCUUUUUGUGAAUAAUUAUAUUUGUGAAUUUGCUGAUAAGUACUGUUUCAAUGACUUAGAUAGCAUCUUAUUAUGCAACUUAGUGCAAGUAUUAUGUUAAUGGGACUCGAAUCAAGUUGCUUUUAAAAACAAAUACAUGCUCCUUAAUGUAUAUCUGUUUUUCUUUGUGGUGGUAUUUUAUCUUCAUUGUGUUUUUAACAUAUGCCUUAACAUUUAUGCAAAGUUUGAGGACAUGAUAUUUAUUUUAGUUUUGGAGUAAUUUUUAAAAAUGUACUUUUGUUUACAUUUUGAUAAUCAAUCUCCUCUAUUUCUACAGCUGACCGAUCAAAAUGAUUUAAUAGCACUGAAAGCGACUGUCGUGAAAGAUGUUAGGUUUAGUAAUAUAAGUUCAGUCGAUUUCUUAUAGCUUUUUUCUCUUGUAAUUCUUUAAAGUGGCCAUCAGAUGUGAAGACCUGAAUUCAGGCUGCCAUAUUGGAUUGCUUCUACCUUUUCUGUGUAAUAUCUUUGACAAUUAAAUUUAGUACUUUUAACUCGUUAUUUGAAAUCUAAAAUUCACUGAUUAUCUGUAA